AUGACUUCAACGUACGAUCAUAAUGAUCCCGAAGUGGUAGAAGCAAUGAAGUAUUUGAUGCUUCCACCAGAAGAAAAAAUAAAACUUCAGGCUCAACCAUUUGAUGGUAAGAAAGCAUGUUGGGUACCUGAUCCAAAAGAGUCAUAUGUUGCUGGUGAAAUUGUAAGCACAAAAGGUGAUGAUGUGACAGUAAAAAAUCCGAAGGGAGAGACUGUUACACUGAAAAAAGAUAAUGUUCAACAGAUGAAUCCACCAAAAUAUUCUUGCACCGAUGAUAUGGCUGAUUUAACCUAUUUAAACGACGGUUCAGUUUUGGCUAAUUUGCGCGAUCGUUAUGCACGAUGGCUCAUCUAUACGUAUUCGGGUCUUUUUUGUGUCGUCAUUAAUCCAUACAAACGUUUGCCAAUUUAUACAAUGAAGGUAGUUCUCAUGUAUCGUGGCAGGAAACGUGCUGAAGUUGCACCACAUCUGUAUGCUAUUGCUGACAAUGCCUAUUCGAACAUGCUCCGUGAUCGUGAAAAUCAAUCCAUGUUGAUCACUGGUGAAUCAGGUGCUGGCAAAACAGAAAAUACAAAGAAAGUUAUUCAAUAUUUUGCUUUGGUCGCAGCUGCCGGUGUAAAAAAGGAAGACACUGGCAAGAAAACAAUGACUCUUGAAGAUCAAAUUAUUUCAGCCAAUCCGGCAUUAGAAGCAUAUGGAAAUGCAAAAACUACUAGAAACAAUAAUUCUUCUCGAUUUGGAAAAUUCAUUCGAAUUCACUUUGGUCCAACAGGAAAAAUUGCUGGUGCUGAUAUUGAAGUAUAUCUACUUGAGAAGUCUCGUGUCAUCUUUCAGCAACGAGCUGAACGUAACUAUCAUAUUUUUUAUCAACUCUGCUCCGAUGCAUUGCCGGAAAUGCACAAACUAUGUCUUAUUCAAAACGAUCCGUCAAAAUAUCAAUUUGUAUCUCAAGGUGUACUUACAAUUGAUGGAGUUGAUGAUGUUGAAGAAAUGCGUAUUACGGAUGAAGCUUUUGAUGUACUUGGCUUUACAACGGAAGAAAAACAAAGUAUAUACAAGUGUACAGCUGCUAUUAUGCACUUUGGUAAUUCACAAUGGAAACAACGACCUCGUGAAGAACAAGCUGAAGCUGAAACUACAGAAGACUGUGAAAAAGUUGCUCAUUUACUUGAGGUCGAUGCAGCCGAACUAAUUAAAGGCUUACUUAAGCCUCGUAUCAAGGUCGGUAAUGAAUACGUCAAUAAAGGUCAAAAUAAGGAUCAAGUAGUGAACUCUAUCGGUGCUUUAUCCAAAUCGAUUUACCAUCGAAUGUUCUGUUGGUUGGUUGAACGUGUUAACGUAACACUCGAUGUCAAAAGCAAACGACAAUAUUUUAUUGGUGUACUCGAUAUUGCUGGUUUCGAAAUCUUCGAAUUCAAUGGAUUCGAACAAUUGUGUAUCAAUUACACUAAUGAACGUCUUCAACAAUUCUUCAACCAUCAUAUGUUCGUAUUGGAACAAGAAGAAUAUAAAAGAGAAGGCAUACAAUGGACAUUUAUUGAUUUUGGUAUGGAUUUACAAGCUUGUAUUGAUUUAAUUGAAAAGCCUAUGGGUAUUCUUUCGAUUUUGGAAGAAGAAUGUAUCGUACCAAAAGCCACAGAUAAAACAUUCGUCGAGAAGCUUUACAACAAUCACUUAGGAAAACAUCCACAAUUUGGUAAACCGAAACCUGCCAAAGGUAAAGCAGAAGCACAUUUUGAAAUUCAUCACUACGCUGGUUCUGUCUCAUACACUGCUACGGGAUGGCUUGAAAAGAACAAAGAUCCUAUCAAUACGACUGUUGCUACUCUCUUUGCUAAAUCGAAAAGUGCAAUGUUGGCUCAUCUCUUUGCUGAUAUUAUUGAAGAAGAAGGUGGUGGCAAGGCCGGAGCUAAGAAGAAAGGUGGAAGUAUGCAAACUAUUUCAGCUACUCAUCGUGAAUCAUUAAACAAAUUGAUGACCAAUUUGAAAUCUACUCAUCCUCAUUUUGUUCGUUGUAUUAUUCCGAAUGAAAUCAAAACAGGAGGCGUUCUUGAUUCACAUUUGGUUAUGCAUCAACUUACUUGUAAUGGUGUGCUUGAAGGUAUUCGUAUUUGUCGCAAAGGUUUUCCAAAUCGUAUAAUUUAUGCUGAAUUUAAACAACGUUAUUCAAUUUUGGCACCAAAUGUCAUUCCCAAAGAAUUCGUUGAUGCUAAGAAGGCAACUGAGAACAUUCUCAAAGACAUAUCUUUACCAGAGGAACAGUACCGAUUAGGUAUUACAAAGGUUUUCUUCAAAGCAGGAGUAUUGGGUCAUCUUGAAGAUUUACGUGAUCAAGCAUUGUCUCGAAUUAUUGCUCGAUUACAAGGACAAAUUCGUGGUUAUAUUAUGAAACGAGAGUACAAGAAAAUGCUCGAACAACGUUUGGCUUUGUCAGUUUUACAACGUAAUAUUCGCAAGUAUUUAUCCCUUCGCAAUUGGGCAUGGUGGAAAUUAUACACCAAAGUUAAACCUCUUCUGUCCGUAGCUCGACAAGAAGAUGAGUUGAAAAAACUUGAAGAUGAAUUUAAAGCACUUAAAGAAACAUUUGAAAAAGAAGAAAAAUUACGCAAAGAAGUAGAAGAUAAUAAUUCAAAACUUAUUCGAGAGAAAAAUGAAAUUUAUCUUCAAUUGGAAACGCAACGAAAUAUUAUGGGCGAAGCUGAAGAACGUUUAACUCGAUUAGCAACUCAAAAGUCUGAUCUUGAACAACAAAUCAAAGAUACAGAAGAUCGUUUAAGUGAUGAAGAAUCUGCAUCUCAAGAAUUAAACAAAAAGAAAAAGAAACUUGAACAAGAUAUUGAAGGAUUGAAAAAAGACAUUGAUGAUAUACGUUUAAGUCUUCAAAAAUCCGAAAAUGAAUGUAAAACACGUGACAAUCAAAUUCGUAUGUUACAAGAUGAAAUGGCACAACAAGAUGAGAGCAUUGCUAAAUUGACACGUGAACGUAAACGACUUGAAGAACAAAAUACAAAAACAACUGAACAAUUACAAGCAGAAGAAGAUAAAGUUAAUCAUUUAAAUAAACUUAAAGCCAAACUUGAACAAACACUUGACGAACUUGAAGAAAAUUUGGAACGAGAGAAAAAAGGUCGUGCCGAUCUUGACAAAGCAAAACGUAAAGUCGAAACUGAUCUCAAAGCGGCACAAGGUAAUAUCGAAGAACUUGAGCGAACAAAACAUGAACUUGAAGAUGGUCUCAAACGAAGAGAUCAAGAAAUUCAACAAGUCAAUAGUCGUCUUGAAACUGAACAAGGUCAAGCAACUAAUCUUGGCAAGAAAAUUAAAGAAUUACAAGCACGUGUGGAAGAAGUUGAAGAAGAACUUGAGAAUGAACGUCAAUCACGUGCAAAAACUGAGAAACAACGAGCUGAUUUAGCACGAGAAAUCGAUGAAAUGCGUGAUCGAUUAGAUGAUGCUGGUGGAGCAACUUCGUCACAAGUUGAAAUGAACAAAAAACGAGAAUCAGAAUUGGCUAAACUUCGUCGUGAUUUGGAAGAAGCCAAUCUUCAGCAUGAAGCUACAGCUGCACAACUUCGUAAGAAACAUCAAGAUGCAGUUACUGAAAUGGGUGAACAAAUUGAUCAACUUCAAAAAGUUAAAAAUAAAUUAGAAAAAGAUAAAGGUACUGUCAAAGCAGAAUUAGAUGAUUUACGAUCACAAGUUGAUCAUAUACAAAAGGGUAAAGCUACUGCUGAAAAACUUUCCAAGCAACUUGAACAACAAUUAAAUGAAGUGCAUAUUAAAGUUGAUGAACACACAAAACAAAUGCUUGACUUUAAUCAACAAAAAACUAAAUUAGUUAGUGAAAAUUCUGAAUUGACUAGACAACUUGAAGAUGUUGAACAUCAAGUUGGUGCUCUAACAAAAUCUAAGACACAAUUACAACAACAAUUGGCUGAAGCUCAACGAGCACUCGAUGAAGAACUACGUGGUAAAAGUUCUACUACUUCUCAAUUGCGUAAUUUGACGGCUGAUCUUGAUCAAGCUCAUGAACAACUUGAAGAAGAACAAGAGGGUAAAACGGAACUUCAACGACAAGUAACUAAACUCAGUGCUGAAGUUCAACAAUGGCGAUCUCGUUAUGAAUCAGAAGGUAUGGCUCGUGCCGAAGAACUUGAAGAAGCAAAACGUAAAUUAGCAUCAAAAUUAUCAGAAGCUGAAGAACAAGUUGAAGCAGCUUUAUCAAAAUGUAAUGCGUUAGAAAAGGUCAAAGCUCGUUUACAAGGUGAAGUUGAAGAUUUAAUGGUCGAUGUCGAACGUGCUAAUGCUAAUGCUUCAACUAUGGACAAAAAACAAAAACAAUUUGAUAAGCUAAUCAAUGAAUGGAAGCAAAAAUGCGAAGAUAUUACAGUUGAAUUGGAAGCUUCACAAAAAGAAGCACGUCAAUUCUCAACAGAAUUAUUUAAAAUUAAAGACAAGGCCCGCAAGCGUGCCGAAUUAGAAAAAGAAGAAAUUCAACUCGCAUUAGAAGAAGCUGAGUCGGCACUCGAACAGGAAGAAGCCAAAGUACUUCGUGCUCAAAUGGAACUGAGCACUGUUCGUCAAGAAAUCGAUCGACGUAUUCAUGAAAAAGAAGAAGAAUUUGAAACUACUCGACGAAAUCAUGCACGUUCUAUUGAAUCAAUGCAAGCCAGUUUGGAAGCGGAAACUCGAUCCAAAGCCGAAGCUCUUAAACAGAAAAAGAAACUUGAGUCAGACAUCAAUGAACUCGAAUCUGCAUUAGAUCAUGCAAAUCGUACAAAUACCGAAUUACAAAAAACACUUAAAAGACUACAACAAACUGCGUCCGAAUUACAAACUCAAGUCGAACAUGAACAACAACAACGUGAUGAAGCUCGUGAAAUAGCUGCAGCAGCUGAACGUCGUGCUAAUCUCAUCGUUGGUGAACUUGAAGAAUUACGAACAGCUUUAGAACAAGCUGAACGAGCACGUAAAGCUGCCGAAAGUGAGCUACAUGAAGCUGCUGAUCGAAUUAGUGAAGUAAGCACACAAAAUGCUACAUUAUCUUCACAACGACGACAACUUGAAGCGACAGUAACUGCAAUGCAAUCUGAUUUGGAUGAAGCCGUAGCUGAAUUGAAAAAUGUUGAGGAACGCUCCAAGAGAGCUGAAGCAGAUACUGCCCGUCUUGCUGAAGAAUUACGCAGAGAGCAAGAGCACUCUAUCGGUGUUGAAAGAUUACGCAAAGGACUUGAACAACAAGUCAAAGAUCUUCAAACGCGUCUUGAUGAAGCUGAAGGCAAUGUACUUAAAGGUGGCAAACGUAUCAUCGCUAAACUUGAACAACGUAUUCAUGAAUUAGAAAGUGAAAACGAAAUGGAACAACAUCGUCAUCAAGAAACACUCAAAGAAUUACGCAAGAAUGAUCGACGUUUGAAAGAGCUUGUAUUCCAAAUAGAAGAAGAUCGCAAGAAUCAAUUACGUUUACAAGAUCUUACAGAGAAAUUACAAAAUAAGAUCAAAGUAUAUAAACGUCAAGUUGAAGAAGCUGAGGAAAUAGCUGCAGUUAAUCUAGCAAAAUAUCGUAAAGCUCAAUCAGAUCUUGAGGACUCAGCUGAGCGUGCUGAUGUUGCUGAAAACCAAUUGAGCAAAUUACGUGCCAAAAAUCGUUCGACUGUUAGCGCUAAUCGCACUACGUCAGGUGACGAUUACCGUGAGCCAACAGCCACACGAGGAGCUUCUAUGGUUCGUAGUAGUUCUGUUCGUCCACGUUAA